CCAGGCCAGAACUUCUCUCAGGUGGACCGCCCAACAACCCUAUCCCGGGGUCCGGGGGAUGAGCCGCGGACAGAGUCGCUCCGGCAUGAUGGAGACAGCCGACGGUGUCCCGGUUAACAGCAGGGUGUCCACUAAGAUUCAGCAGCUGCUCAACACCUUGAAGAGGCCCAAGAGGCCCCCCCUCAGUGAGUUCUUCAUGGACGACCAGGAGGAAAUUGUAGAGGUGCCUCAGCCGGACCCCAACACCCCGCGGCCAGAGGGACAUCAGAUCAUCCCAGUGAAGGGGGAGCCCCUGGGGGUGGUCAGUAACUGGCCCCCUGCCCUCCAGGCUGCCCUGGUUCGCUGGGGGGCCACACAGGGCAAGAGCCCUGCCCUCACCGCCUUGGACAUCACUGGCAAACCCCUGUACACACUGACAUACGGAAAGCUGUGGAGCCGCAGUGUGAAGCUGGCCUACACCCUCCUCAAUAAACUGGGGACCAAGAACGAGCAGGUCCUCAAGCCUGGGGACAGGGUGGCUCUAGUGUACCCUAACAGUGACCCUGGGAUGUUUUUGGUGGCCUUCUAUGGCUGCCUGCUGGCUGAGGUCAUCCCUGUCCCUAUAGAGGUACCUCUGUCUCGCAAGGAUGCAGGCAGUAGUCAGGUGGGCUUCCUGCUGGGCAGCUGUAGUGUGAGUUUGGCCCUGACCAGUGAGAUCUGUCUGAAGGGACUUCCCAAGAUGCCCACCGGAGAGAUUCUACAGUUUAAAGGCUGGCCUCGGCUAAAGUGGGUGGUGACAGAUUCCAAGUACCUCACCAAACCUGGCAAGGACUGGCAGCCCCACAUCCCUACAGCGAACACUGACCCUGCAUACAUAGAGUACAAGGCUAGUAAGGAGGGCACAGUGAUGGGUGUGGCUGUGUCUAAGGUGGCCAUGUUGACCCAUUGCCAAGCACUGACCCAGGCCUGCAACUACUGUGAGGGUGAGACAUUAGUGAACGUUCUGGACUUUAAAAAGGACAUGGGCCUGUGGCAUGGAGUUCUCACGAGUGUAAUGAACAGGAUCCACACCAUCAGUGUGCCCUACGCUGUGAUGAAGGCUUGCCCUCUCUCCUGGGUUCAGAGGGUCCACAUACACAAAGCGCGCGUUGCCUUGGUGAAGUGUCGUGACCUGCACUGGGCCAUGAUGGCACACAGGGAACAGAGGGACACCAGUCUGGCAUCACUGCACAUGCUCAUCGUUGCUGAUGGAGCCAACCCCUGGUCGGUGUCAUCCUGUGAUGCCUUCCUCAACGUGUUCCAGAUCCACGGGUUGAAGCCAGAGGUCAUUUGUCCCUGUGCCACCUCCCCUGAGGCCAUGACGGUGGCCAUUCGCAGGCUGGGGGUUCCGGGGAUGCCCCUCCCAGCCAGGGCCAUCCUCUCCAUGGGGGGUCUAAGUCACGGGGUCAUCAGGGUCAACGCGGAGGACAAAAACUCUGCCCUCACCGUGCAGGACGUGGGUCACGUGAUGCCUGGAGCUCUGAUGUGUAUAGUGAAGCCUGAAGGGCCUCCUCAGCUGUGUAAGACAGAUGAGAUAGGGGAGAUUGUGGUGAACUCUCGUGCCGGAGGCAACAUGUACUAUGGCCUACCAGGAGUCACCAAGAACACCUUUGAGGUGAUUCCUGUCAAUACUCUUGGUGCUCCUAUUGGAGAGAUCCCCUUUGUGAGAUCUGGACUCCUAGGCUUCGUAGGACCUGGCAGUCUGAUAUUUGUGGUGGGGAAGAACGAAGGCCUGCUGCUGGUGAGUGGGAGGAGACACAACGCUGAUGACUUGGUGGCCACAGCACUCGCCGUGGAGCCUGUCAAGACUGUGUAUCGCGGAAGUCCUGGACGGCAACCUGCACCCCUGUAACAUCCUCAUGUGCCCCCAUACCUGUGUCACCAACCUCCCCAAACCACGGCAGAAACAGCCAGUGGGUGUGGGUCCAGCCUCCAUCAUGGUGGGGAAUCUGGUAGCAGGGAAGAGGAUAGCCCAGGCAGCAGGCAGGGAUCUGGGAAUGAUCGAGGACCAGGACCUGGUCAGGAAGCACCAGUUCCUAUCCGAGGCUCUACAGUGGAGAGCACAGACUGAUCCAGACCACUGUCUCUAUGUGCUGCUCAAUGCAAAGGGGCUAGUUGUAUCCACAGCAACGUGUGUGCAGCUGCACAAGCGGGCGGAGAAGAUUGCAGCGGCUCUCACAGAGAAAGGCAGCGUCAACACCGGGAACAACGUGGUGCUGCUCUACCCUCCUGGUAUUGAUCUGAUAGCCUCUUUCUAUGGCUGCCUCUAUGCUGGCUAUGUUCCUGUCACUGUCAGACCUCCUCACCCACAGAACCUGGCAGCCACACUGCCCACUGUCCGCAUGAUCAUCGACGUCAGUAAAGCUGCCUGUAUCCUCACCACUCAGAACCUCAUGAGGAUCCUGCGCUCCAAAGAGGCUGCUGCCACUGUGAACAUUAAAACAUGGCCGACAAUCAUAGACACAGAUGACCUCCCUCGCCGUAGACCUCCAAUGAUCUAUAAGCCCCCCACGGCAGAGAUGAUCGCCUAUCUGGACUUCAGUGUGUCCACCACGGGCAUGCUCACCGGGGUCAAGAUCUCCCAUGCGGCAGUCAGUGCUCUGUGUCGCUCCAUCAAGCUGCAGUGUGAACUCUACUCCUCACGCCAAAUAGCCAUCUGCCUAGACCCUUACUGUGGCCUGGGCUUUGUACUGUGGUGCCUCGCAAGUGUGUACUCAGGGCACCAGUCCAUCCUAAUCCCUCCUCUGGAGUUGGAGAGCUGUCUGCCCCUGUGGCUGAGCACCCUGAGCCAGUACCGCAUCAGAGACACCUUCUGCUCCUACUCUGUCAUGGAGCUCUGCACCAAGGGGAUAGGCACGCAGACAGAGAUACUCAAAGCGCGGGGGCUGAACCUGUCAUGUGUGAGGAGCUGUGUGGUGAUAGCAGAGGAGCGUCCUCGUCUGGCCCUCACCAUGUCCUUCUCCAAGUUGUUUAAAGACCUGGGCCUCUCACCCCGCGCUGUCAGCACAGCCUUCGGAUCCAGGGUCAACCUUGCCAUUUGCAUGCAGGGCACCACUGGACCGGACCCCUCCACUGUGUAUGUGGACAUGAAGUCCCUCCGCCAUGACAGAGUGAGGCUGGUGGAGAGAGGAGCCCCUCAGAGUCUCCCUCUGAUGGAGUCUGGCAAAAUCUUACCAGGAGUCAGGGUGAUCAUCGUGAACCCAGAGACCAGGGGACCUCUAGGAGAUUCCCAUCUAGGAGAGAUCUGGAUCAACAGCCCUCACAGUGCCAGUGGCUACUAUGCCAUCUAUGGAGAGGAGAGCCUGCAGGCCGACCACUUCAACACCAAGCUGAGCUUCGGAGAUCCCACGACCCUGUGGGCCAGGACUGGCUACCUGGGCUUCGUCAAGAGGACUGAGCUACUGGAUGCCGCUGGGGAUCGUCAUGACGCCCUGUUUGUGGUGGGUUCCCUGGAUGAGACUCUGGAGCUGAGGGGGCUGCGCUACCACCCUAUCGACAUCGAGACAUCUGUGUCCCGGGCUCACCGAAGCAUUGCAGAGAGUGCGGUAUUCACAUGGACCAACCUACUGGUGGUGGUGGCUGAACUGAGUGGCUCAGAGCAGGAUGCCCUGGACCUGGUGCCCCUGGUCACCAAUGUGGUGCUGGAGGAGCACCACCUCAUCGUGGGCGUGGUGGUCAUCGUGGACCCGGGGGUCAUACCCAUCAACUCCAGGGGGGAGAAACAGCGCAUGCACCUCCGGGACUCCUUCCUGGCUGACCAACUGGACCCCAUCUAUGUGGCCUAUAAUAUGUGAAGGGCCAGGGGGACGGGCUGGUUAUUGUAUGAUGGAAGAGAUUCCGGCUGGUGGAAGAAAGUGGUUUGGACCAACCUACUCCACAGACAGACAAUGCAUAUUGUACCACAAGGUGCAGUAGGAGGUUGGCUGAACUUGACUGUACUGACCCUUGGGGAAACCACAGCUAUUUUUGGGGUGCACAAUGUUCAGAUCUUAGGUCUUUUGCAUUUCAGGUCUGUUGGAUUUGAAGGGGGCACUCUGUUGUGUUUUGAGACGUACACUGUGUUAAAAAAAAAAAAAAUGCCACCCGGACAGAGUGAGUGUGUCUACACCAAACACAGCUGUUCAACUGGAACUGGACGGGAAGAUAACUCUCUAAUCUCACCACACCCCCUACAACCCUCCUGCCAAAUCAAACACCUCAACAGCCUGACUGGCCCUCUAUUUGCACAGAGUGUCAAGGAGUAUUAAGGUGCUGAAGUCAAACUUAACUCUCCCCACUCCUCCACAAUCCAAUCAUCUGUGGGGUAUUGUGAGGGGCCAAGGGAUGAGGAGUUCCUGUCUCUGGUGACAUAAUUUUCUGUGGUUGAGUGAUGUGUACAAAUUGCAUCCAUUAUAACUGUUUCUCCUCCCAAAGCUUUCCAGGUCUUAUCCAGUCCUUGUUUUCUUUUUCUUAUCUUUGACUUAUUCUAAAUUGCCAUAUUUGUACUGUAUUCACCACACAUUCACAGAAACUCACACCGGUGCUUGCUUCACCCUGUAGUGACCUCUUAUCCGCGCACUUUGAGGCAGGGGGUUAUGAAGGAUGUGUGAAGGCAUGUUAGAACACUAAUGAACAUAUUAGCUAGAUCAAUCAUCAGCUGUUGAUUUAAUUUAUUCUGUCAUCAUGUACUGUACUUACAUCACAGGUUUAUUGCUUGAAGUUAUACAAAGGCAAAAUAUGAAAUGGAACACAUUCUCACCUUUCUUGAAUUAGGUUUACUUCCUGCCUUAUAAAACUUUGCCCAUACAAGUUUUGUUUUUCUCCAUUGCUGUUCUUCCAGUUCAUAACUGUUUGUGUUAUUGGGGUGAGAAUCCUGAUUGAUAUCCAAAGGGAUGUUUUGAGUAGAAGCUAGAUGCCAUUUACUGUACUGUACCCAUCAAGUCCUCUGUAGUUUCGAUAUACUGUAUAGAUAUUUUUUUUUUUAAAUGUGUGCAUAAAUGUGAGAGAAAAAAACUAAACUCAUCCCUCUCAUGUGAUGGUUGUCUGGAGAGCUAACAUAGUUGUGAGCAGAUGGUAGCGAAAGAAUAUUGUACAUAAGAAUUUAACACUAAUCUUGCACUUUCUCCAAAAAUGUUAUAUUUUUUCAUGAUCCAAUUAUGCAUAUUCCUCGUGUUCAAGGAGCAUAUUAAUUGUGAGGAAUACUUUUUGAGGAAUCAGAGUUCACCAGGGAUUAGCAGAAAGGAACUAGCUAAUAAGGUCAGGAGUUUCCCCAGGUCAGGUCCCAUCCGGCUCGAAGGACCAUGAAAACAACACCACCAUGAAUAAGGUUGUCAGGGAUUUGUACGGUCAGGGAUAACUACUGCCCCCAACCAGAGAUUGCUUUGAUGUUAUGAGCUUGGGGAGAAUGAUUAAACCAAUAUAAAUUGCUGUUGUUUUGUGUAAAAAUAAAAUAAGCUCUAACUUUU